AUGGAGGCAUCGACAAUGAACGGCUACAAUAAGAUUGCAGGUCUGAUGGGCUCUUAUCAGGAGCUUUGCAUCUUCCGAAGGUUUCUCAUCUUGAAUGCCAGAGACCUGCUCUGCCAACAGGCUGAGAUUGUGAACUUGGAGCAUGACCUGCUGGUAGCCAUCAGGGACGACCGCAACUCCGGCGACCCGCUGAGAAAAGAGUUCGAGUACGACAUCUCGGCUCUAAAAGGCCCACACGAGCAUCCUCGUACUGGUCUUCAAUGGACCAGAACUCUCGAGAUGCGAAGGCUGCUGAAGGAGUACAACACUUCCCUUCUGCAAUUUGCCUCCCUCUGUCGACUGGCUCCUGUGAACAAGUCCGACUUGGCCACGCUUCACGAGUUGCUCGAGAAGCCGGACAGCUGUGGAGAGCCGUUUCUGACAGCUCAUGAGUACGAGACAUGGGACGAGGAAAACAUUAAGGACCUGACAUCGGUGGCCGGGUUGUACACUGAUAGAGACGCCCUCUCAAGAUUCAUCGAUAAGAUGGUGAAAUCUGUCUACCACAAACACAUAGGCCACAAACUCCAUGACCCCCUCUCGGUGACCGAGGCGUGGGCAGGUGCAGGAACACACAAACACAUCAUCAACUAUCCUGACAGCUAUAUCACCAACACCAUCGACACUCUAUCGACCAUUUUAGCCUCGGUGCUCCCAACCAUUGCCGCCGUGGGAAUAUACCUCCUGGAUGAUUCCAUGACGAGGAUGGCAGUUAUUGUAGCGUGCACUCUUCUCUUCUCCACAGUAUUCUCGUUGGUUGCCAAACCCAAACGAGCCGAGUGUUUCGUGGCGUCUUCUGCCUUUGCAGCGGUUCUGGUCGUUUUUGUGGGAAAUUCUAAUGGGAAUUCGUGCUAG